AUGGAUUUGGCUAGAAUAUUGGAUUUAAAUCGGCCCAAAAAGCCUACAGCUCUGUUGAAUCGAUUGCGAGAAUUUCUGCCUGAAAUUGCAACUGCAAAUAGCAAUUUGAAUAAUGCCACGAAGUGCGAUAUCAAAAUAACUGCUGUGGAAAAUGAAAGCGAUGCUACCUCAUCCAACGAAUCAGACGAAGAACCAGAAAGUAAGACAAAGCAGCCCCAAAUAGUAAUGGAUAUUACUACUGUAGUGGAUGAUAGUCGCACGGUAAUAAGUGAUAGUGAUUCUGAGCUUGGCGGUGAUGGAGAACAACAGACUUUACCAGUUGGGUUUCAAACAAAGGAACCAACGCGGAAAAGGAAACGAAAGCAUUUGAUAGAAGAAGUUGCUGAUAAAUAUAUAAUUGGUAAAAAUAUCAACAGUGAUCAGGAAAUAUCAGUGGAAUCAAAAGAACUGAACACUGGACUGGAAUCACUAUAA